CGUGCAUCUUGCGCGUACAUGCAUUGUGAUCCCAGUGUGACGACAGGGAAUGGUCAUUGGUAUUACACUGCAGUCGAUUCCAUCUCGAUAUAGCCUAGCUAUUUUGACCUGGACUGACGUAUCUUCAGUCCCACCGCUUGAAGGCCGGGGGAGUACGAGCGGCCGCUCCGGUUGUUACUACGGUCCACAAUUCCAAAUUAUAAUUAAGCCGUAUAUGGAGUUUGUUCUGCGCUGAUCGUAUUGUGCAUAUAUGGUUAGGAGGAGCGUCCCACCCUGGCCGUAUGGGGACGUUGGCAUGCGUGUGCGCUUUAGGGCAUAUGUGGUCCGGUACAAGUUGGGUCCUCAGACGUUCGUUAUUGCCUACCUGUCCGCUAUCUAUCUAGUACCUAGCUACACCGAUUGGUACGUAAUUAAAUUGGUGUUUCCCCCUAGAUUGGCAUGGAAUGAGGGGAUAAAGCCUGGGGUGAAGAAGCACCGGGAGAAGGGGGAGAAAGUGGGGACCCAGGCAUUUCCUGGAUCCGCAUCGAUAUCGAUAUCGAAGCCUCAUAUACGCAUAUAUCGUGAUGCAAUGCAUACGACGCUGUGCUUUAGCUGGGUGAUAUAUGUCGCACCCGGGAUUGUCAGACAGGCCCGUUUGGCAAGGGGAGGACAUGAGUGUGGCGCGGGAGUAGCCGAGAACGAAGAUCUGAGAUAUAUGUCCUACUGUAUGCUGGAUGAGAUGAGGAAGAACGAUUACAGUGGUAUUACUAAGUGA